GGCCGGGCCGGGGGGCGGCGGGGCGGGGGGGGCCGCGGGAGCCGCCGCCGUUCCUUCAGCGCCUCGCCAUGGACUCGGACGAGGGUUACAACUACGAGUUCGACGAGGACGAGGAGUGUAGCGAGGACAGCGGCGCGGAGGAGGACGAGGAGGACGAGGAGGAGGACGAGCCCGACGACAACCUGGACCUGGGCGAGGUGGAGCUGGUGGAGCCCGGGCUGCGCGUCGGCGGCGAGCGCGACGGGCUGUUGGGCGGCGAAACGGGCGGGCUGGGCCCCGGCGGCGGCGGCGGUGGAGGCGGGCUGGGCGGCGGGCCGGGCCCCGGCGGCGGCCCCGAGCAGGAGGAGGAUUAUCGCUACGAGGUGCUGACGGCCGAGCAGAUCCUGCAGCACAUGGUGGAGUGUAUCCGCGAAGUCAACGAGGUCAUCCAGAAUCCAGCGACUAUCACUCGAAUACUGCUUAGCCAUUUCAACUGGGACAAAGAGAAGCUGAUGGAAAGGUACUUUGACGGCAACUUGGAGAAGCUCUUUGCGGAGUGUCACGUCAUCAAUCCCAGCAAGAAGUCGCGAACGCGCCAGAUGAACACCAGGUCGUCAGCCCAGGACAUGCCUUGUCAGAUAUGCUACCUGAACUACCCCAACUCGUACUUCACCGGCCUAGAGUGUGGACACAAGUUCUGUAUGCAGUGCUGGAGUGAAUAUUUAACUACCAAAAUAAUGGAGGAAGGCAUGGGACAGACCAUUUCAUGCCCUGCUCAUGGCUGCGAUAUCUUAGUUGAUGACAAUACAGUUAUGCGCCUGAUCACAGAUUCCAAGGUUAAAUUAAAGUACCAGCAUUUAAUAACCAAUAGUUUUGUAGAGUGUAAUCGACUGUUAAAAUGGUGUCCUGCCCCAGAUUGCCACCACGUUGUUAAAGUCCAAUAUCCUGAUGCUAAACCAGUUCGCUGCAAAUGUGGACGUCAGUUUUGCUUUAACUGCGGUGAAAACUGGCACGAUCCUGUUAAAUGCAAGUGGUUAAAGAAAUGGAUUAAGAAGUGCGAUGAUGACAGUGAAACUUCUAAUUGGAUUGCAGCAAACACAAAGGAAUGCCCGAAAUGCCACGUCACCAUCGAGAAGGACGGGGGCUGCAACCACAUGGUCUGUCGGAACCAGAACUGCAAAGCGGAAUUCUGCUGGGUGUGUCUGGGCCCCUGGGAGCCCCAUGGAUCUGCCUGGUACAACUGUAAUCGCUACAAUGAGGAUGAUGCAAAGGCAGCAAGGGAUGCACAGGAGCGAUCCAGAGCAGCCCUGCAGAGGUACCUGUUCUACUGCAACCGCUACAUGAACCACAUGCAGAGCCUGCGCUUCGAGCACAAGCUCUAUGCUCAGGUGAAGCAGAAGAUGGAGGAGAUGCAGCAGCACAACAUGUCGUGGAUCGAGGUGCAGUUCCUGAAGAAAGCAGUCGACGUCCUCUGCCAGUGUCGUGCCACACUCAUGUACACUUACGUCUUUGCCUUCUACCUCAAAAAGAAUAAUCAGUCCAUUAUCUUUGAGAAUAACCAAGCAGACUUAGAGAAUGCUACAGAGGUCCUUUCCGGGUACCUCGAGCGAGAUAUAUCCCAAGAUUCGCUGCAGGACAUCAAGCAGAAAGUACAGGAUAAGUACAGAUACUGCGAGAGUCGACGAAGGGUUUUGUUGCAGCACGUGCACGAAGGCUACGAGAAGGACCUGUGGGAAUACAUCGAGGACUGAGCCCGGCCCCGCAUUAAACGAACUCUGAACCCUUUUACCAUCUCGAGUGCUCAUGCGAUUCAAAUAAAAACCACACGCAAGGCGCUAACGCCUGUUACACCGCUGGUCUGUAGUACCGGGAUUCUGUUUUGUUAACAGAAAAUUUAAGUAAAUUAUAUUGUAAUAAAAAAAAAAGGUAGAUAAAAAACAUUGUACAACAGUAUUCUAGGUGGCCAAUAAGAGUGUGACAGACGCACUAAAAACAAGAAACAACCCUCCGACUUUAACUUGCAACGUAGCUUCAUUCUCCAAGCCGACUCCUUUUUCUUUUCUAUCUUUCUUUUCCUGUGUGUAGUACAGAUGAAAUUUAAACCAGUUUCUUGACACUGCUUUUCAUGUCCAAACCAUCCUUUUUGAUGUACUUUGGUAAGGGGGGGUGGCUCUCCCACCCCUCUCCUCCUCUCUGCCGCCCAGGUACACGGAUGAAUGUCGAUUGGCUCCAUGUAACGAUGAUUCUUGGGGAGGGGAGGAAGGGGGGGUACACAGCAAGGAAUUAAAACCAGAAAAACAAAACCUUUGUAUAUGACUUUUAAAACAAAAAGAGGACAACACAGUAUUUUUCAAAGUUGUAUAUAGCGCAUAUGCAUGGACAAAGAGCAAGCGUGGCACGUGUUUGCAUAAUGUUUAAUUACAAAAAAAUAUUUAUUCUUUAAAAAUCUUCAAGAUUAUGUCUAUUUGCUGUGCAUUUUCUUUCAGUUUGAUUUUUUUUUUUUUAAUUAUUAUUAUUUUUUUCGUUGUUGUUGUUUCAUUUUGUUUUCCCUGGGAUGGGUGGGGGAAGCGUGUGCUGGUGUAGUGAAUAUAUAUAUAUAUAUAUUUCUUUUUCUUUUGGAAGGCUUUUACCGGAGAAGUUGGGGUUUUGUUUCCUCUUCCUAUAGUUCCUUUACGUCCACGGCCUCCACGGUUUUGUGUGUGUAUCCACCGGUGGUGCCAGAGCCGUCCCCUCGGUAACACUGCAGUUCAGGCUGCUUUGCCUUUCCUUUUUGGCCCCGGAUUGCCCAAAUCCACCUCCGCCGUUCCCAUCCGCGUGCAGCUAGAGUUUUAUUUUUGAAUUCUGAGGCAGGAAAAGGAGGGGUAUUUUGCACUACUGCUCAAAAGACUCCUGGAAAGAUUGGUUUUGGCUGUGGAUCUCCUCUCCUUUCCCCCUUCCAUCUGUCAAACGGACCCUUCCUUGCUGUUUAAGUUUCACUUACAUUAUAACAAGUCGUAACAUUGAAAAGGAAAGAUGAUGCAAUUGUCUUUGUGUUUGUUUUGGGCUCAAUUACUGGGCAUCCUGUCCUGGCAAAUACUUAACACUCCAUCUAGCGCAGUAGAAGUUGAAAUCAGCGGGGUAUUUUUCAAUUAAAAGGGGCAAGAACUAAUGAGUUAGCGAACUGAGUCCAUUUUUAUGAUUUCUGUAACAAGAGCUAUGUUAAAGUAAACAAGUGGUGGUGGUUUUAUUAAAUUUACUCCUGUAUAGGAA